UUUUUUCGAUACCUAACAAAUUAUUAUUAAUAUUUUCGUGUGCAUAAAUGUCAUCUAUGUCCUUUGCGAUUCUCCUUCACGUGUAAUGUUUGCUCAUAUUUUCGCUAAUUCGUUAAAUGUCGAUGUAUUUGUGUAUGUGGUUGAAUGAAGAAGAAUCCUAACCUAAACUUGUGUAAACGAAUAAUAUUGGCGAAUUGGAGUCGCAAAUCAAAUCGGUUUAAAUUGAAUUGUAACAAAGGAAAAAUAAAGGCAAUUACAAGAAACCGACUGCGUCAGGUUUACACAUGUUUAUAUCUGUAUGUGUGCGCGCUAAGAAACGAUAGUGCAGUUAGUUACACAGUUUGUAAAGAAUUUUCGGGAUUUGCCAACAAAUUUUGUUUUAAAUCUUAUCUGAUUUUGGAUUAARUUUAAAGCUUUGCUGCUGAAAAUCCGUGAAGAAAACUUUUUUGGAACGGGAACACUUAUCUGCUGACGGAAUUAACACGCCACCGAGUGCAACAACAGCAAAGACUACGCGAAUGGAUGCGCCGCAAGAAGAAGCACAACGUUACAUCAACGUUGCUUUGCGUGAAAUCAACACCGGCAACUAUGAUAAUGCCAUUAAACUGCUUAGAAARGCAAAGGAGCUCUACCCCGAUUCGCAGGCAGACGAGCUACAAGAGCUGCUAACCAAAUUAAACGCCAGCGCUACAGCARCACAGCAGCAAAGCGCCGAAGGSGCUACCACCUCGGGUUAUGCUGCCACUGCAAAUGCAGCUUAUGGCAGUGAUUCACCCACACGCUUGCGUCAGCGUAACAGCAACAACAAUGCCGCUGCAAGUGCUGCGCAUGGCUACACCAGGGACCAACUCGAUUUAGUGAAGCGCAUAAAUAAAUGCAAGAAUUUCUAUCAGGUUUUGAAUGUGUCGCGCACCGCCACAGAUUCGGACAUUAAACGCGCCUAUAAGCGACUUGCAUUGCAAUUGCAUCCGGACAAGAAUCAGGCGCCUGGCGCUGCCGAAGCUUUCAAACUGCUAGCCAAUGCAGUGGCAGUGCUUACCGAUGAGCGGCGUCGCAAGGAUUACGAUGCAUCCGGCGCAAAUACAUUGACGACACACGCAAGCAGCACGAAUUUGGGUGCCAACCAUCAGCACGAACACUACAACGGUGCUUAUUUCCAUGCUGGUAGCACUUUUGAAUCGGCCUUCGGCGAUGAUAUCACCGCAGAAGAGUUAUUCAAUAUAUUCUUUGGCAACUUUCCGCCACAUGCACGCCCAUCGCAAAGGCGCCCCUAUCAGCCGGCUAAUCAACGUCAACCGCAGGAGCGUAAUCAACAACCAAGCUUGGCGUUUGGUUUGAUUUUGGUGUUGAUUUUGAUUUCGAUGUUUUCGUCAUUCCUUACAUCCGAUCCAUUUUACAGUUUGGUGCAGUCGAGCAAAUAUCCCGUGCAACGUGAGACGCAACACCUCUCCGUGCCGUAUUAUGUAAAGACAAGCUUCAGCGGCGAUUAUCAGGGCUCAUUGGGACGUUUAGAGAAUUCCGUCGAGGAGGAUUUCAUCUAUACGAUGAAACAGAACUGUUAUCGCGAGCGCAGCUACCGUGAAGGCAUGAUGGCACGUGCACGCAGUUAUGGCAGCAGCAUGAAGUUCGCACAGGCGCAAGCACUGAAAAUGCCAUCAUGUGAGAAGCUAUCGAAAAUUGGCAUAACACGCUAUUCGCUUUACUAAGUGUGUGCGCAGUUGCUGACACCGGCGAGAGUAUGGAGUAUGGAAUUGUAAUGGCAACGUGCGGCAAUCGCGUAUAAUAACUCGAAUUAGAAUUAUUGGAGUUGAUGAAAUUACGCUUUUUGAUUUUGAAUGCGAUCGAACUAUUAGUGCAUGUGUGCUCAUAAAAAUUAUUGUGUGUCAUAUUAACAGUAUUGGCUUAAGCCUGGUAACCCAUGCGUAUAUAUACAUAUAUACAUACAUUCAUGUAUAUCAAUUUAAUUAUAGAAACAUAUAAAUAAAAGAAAAUAAUUAUCGAAGACUUGAACGGCUGUAUAUUAAGCCCUAAAUUGUUAUGUAUUCAUAAACUAUCCUCUUCAAAAUGUAUGCGUCCAUCAAACAGGAAAGCGUAGUUCAUUUACCCGAUAUCGUUAAAACAAUCUAUUAAACACAAGUUGUCGUUUACGAGACUAAAAGUCAUAGUAUUAAUACAAUAUGUAAGUGUCAAUUCGAUAAAUUGGUGUAAU